AUUAUAAUCAGUCUCAGAAAACUUAAAGGUUCCAAUCAAACAUGAGGAAAUUUUGUGACUUGGGUUUGUUGUUAAUUGUUGUUCUUUGGCUAGGGUUCAAUGGCAGGGCUUGGUCACAGCCACAACAGGCACAAGUUCCUGGUUUCUUCAUAUUUGGUGAUUCAUUGGUAGACAAUGGAAACAAUAAUCGCAUGAUCACACUUUCUAGGGCCAACUAUAGGCCUUAUGGCAUUGACUUCCCUCAGGGUGUCACUGGCCGCUUCACUAAUGGAAGAACCUAUGUUGAUGUUCUAGCUCAGCUUCUGGGGUUUCGAACUUAUAUUCCGCCUUAUUCGAGCACUCGUGGAGCUGCACUUCUGAGGGGAGUGAAUUACGCAUCAGGCGCAGCUGGAAUUCGUGAUGAAACGGGAGAUAAUCUGGGUGCUCACACAUCCAUGAACCAACAAGUUUCAAACUUCGGCAAUACAGUGGCAGAAAUGAGGAGGUUCUUCAGAGGAGAUGCCAAUGCACUCAGCACCUAUCUUGGAAGAUGCAUCUUCUAUUCUGGGAUGGGAAGUAAUGACUAUCUUAACAACUAUUUUAUGCCAAACUUCUAUACAUCUAGUUCUGAUUACACUACAAAAGCUUACGCUGCCGCACUCCUUCAGGACUAUUCGCGCCAGCUGAGCCAAUUAUAUACAUUGGGAGCUCGGAAGGUGAUUGUGACUGGGGUUGGCCAAAUCGGUUGCAUACCUUAUCAACUAGCAAGGUAUCAUAGCAAUAGCAGCCGCUGCAAUGAAAACAUCAACAAUGCCAUCCUUAUUUUCAACUCAGGACUUAAAAAGAUGGUUGACAAUUUCAAUCGUGGUCGAUUGCCUGGAGCCAAGUUUGUCUACCUAGAUUCUUAUCAAAGCACCUUUGAUCUGUUUCAAAAUGCAUCUGCUGCUGGUUUUGAAGUGAUAGAUAAAGGAUGUUGUGGUGUAGGAAGGAACAAUGGGCAGAUAACUUGUCUGCCUCUUCAACAAGCUUGUACAGAUCGCACAAAGUACUUGUUUUGGGAUGCCUUUCAUCCAACAGAAGCAGCAAACAUUCAGCUAGGCAAGGCAUCAUACAGUUCCAAUACACAGUCAUAUACUUAUCCAAUUAAUAUACAACAAUUGGCUAUGCUGUAAGGAGCUUGGAACUUCAUGCAAGGGCCUAUAUGAUUUCUAAUUUUAUCUAAAUUGUUAAUUACUGUGAUGCUUUGCAGCUGAUUGCUAAUUAAUCUGAAUAAAAGGUUUGUUCUGUUUUAGUACUU